AAGUGCUGUCCAAAGUUUUGGAAAUCUGUAGAAUUUACAGCAACCUACUGAACAGAAAUGCGCAUUGGUUAUAUGAACUGAAAUGUCGCCUUAGAUAAUAUUAUUAUGGUCCUUAUAUUAUUCUACACGCAGCCACUUUCAGUUUCAGUCUGAUGGUUUCCAGUUGCUUGAUGCUUUCAAGUUUCAACGCAAAACCCGUGAGAUACAGUACUCGUAGAGUUUUUUGUCCAAGAAAGUCUGUCAUUGAUUUCGCACAAUCUAAGCGACUGUUUACAGUACAUACUGUCGCGUCUUUGAACGCCGUAUCCAUGUGCAAAACUUCAGACGUCUAUCUUUCUGCCAUCCGUUUUACCCCUGAUCUGCAAUUUCUAUUGUUCAUUCCAGAUGAAGGAAUCGAAGAUGAAACAGUACAGCACACCCGAAGUUCCGUCAGACGCUGUAGUUCUACAGAAUUGUCCAUCCGACCGCAAAGAGCGGGAAGUCGAAGGGGCCAACGCCUACGCUGCAUUGCCAUCAGGAAGCAGUUCAGAUUUCUCGAUUCGGAUAAAUAAAAUUGCCUCGGACAGCACCCUUGACACAGUUACCUCCGAUUAUGGAAGUCAUGAUGAAAAUCACGAUCCCGAACAUGCUGUACAUGAUGGACUACUUUUAAAUAUCAGCGAGAAUAAAGAAACAGCGAGUACGGCGGAUCACCUCCAAGAUCCCCCGGUCGGCCACCGAUCGGACACCGGUACCGGUCUUAUAGGUUUUUUCGGUACACUUACUGAUGAUCCGGCAGUGGUUUUGUAUUGUGGAAAGUUUUUACAGGCUUGGCGUGUACCAUGCUCGUACAAGGCACGCACAUACUCGUACUGCGCGCGCGCACUACCACAUCAGGGUGAUCGCAUGUGGAUUUUUAGCAUCCCUAUUUUAUUGCUGGAACUCCAUCGCCAUCCUAUGCCGGCAUUAUUUCUUCCCGCUCUUUAUGGAUUCUGUUCAGGAGCAUCGACAAUCGUAUUUGGUCCGUUAAUGGGUGACUGGGUGGAUCAGACAUCCCGCCUUAAGGCUGCAAAAGCGAUUACCAUUUUCCAAAACGGAUUAAUUGCUGCUGCCGCGUUUCUUCUAGCCGGAACCAUCCGAUUCCAGAACUUGUUGUCAAACGGAGGCUUAUUUAUAUGCAUAGCUUUUCUUAUGCUCUUAAGCUUUUCAGCCAAUAUAUUUUAUGCGGGUAGCGUUGUGGUUUUGGAAAAAGACUGGGUAGGAGUUAUUGCCGGCGAUAAUAAAGCAAGACUGGCAGUUAUUAUUUCUGCAGUACGACGGAUAGAACUGAUUACCAACGUAGUGUGUCCACUGGUUAUGGCACAAGUGAUGACCUUUGCUGGCAAGGAUGUCUGCGCUCUGUUUAUUGGGAUGUGGAGCUUCCUAUCCAUCUUUGCGGAAUAUUUUACGCUCAAAAGAGUAUGGAUUCUAGCACAAGAUCUUAUGCUCAAACCACUGGAACAAAAACGCAAAAAGCAGAAAAGUGUACUAGUCAGAGCUUGCAAUUCCUGCCGGGUUAUUUUUUACGGAUGGGGCACUUUCGCAGCUAGUCGGGUCAGCACAGCCGCGAUUUCUGUUGCCUUUUUAGAAGCUACGGUUUUGAUGUUCUCAGGAGUAACAAGUGGAUAUGCCAUUCAACAAGGAUUUUCAAACACUGUAGUCGCCUUAUUAGCCGGUGGAGACGCUUUAACAGGAAUUUUCAGUACAUUUCUGUUUCCCAAAGCGCGCGAAAUUCUGUCACUCGAAGCGGUGACCCUCGCAUCUAUGCUUGUGCACAUGAUGUGCGGCCUGGUUGCCGUUAGUUCCAACUGGAUGCCCGGAAGUCCAUUCGAUCCGUACUUUUUUAUUCGAGAAGUGAACGAAACUUACGCCCUAAACUAUACGACAGCAGUCCCCGACGUUACUCCUGCAACUUCGCCAAUCAUGACGUCGCUAGCGGUAUUCUCCGCAGCUUUAACGGUUGGAAGAUUAGCAUUCUGGAUGAUUGACCUGGCGGGGUCUCAGAUCAUUUUGGAAAAUAUUCAGGCCAAAGAGCGUGGCAUCUUCUGCGCUGUACAUUAUUCGCUGAAGAAGCUCAUGAAUCGGCUGAAAUAUCUUCUUGCACUGUUCCUGGCAUGGCCACAGGUCUUCGGUUAUUUAAUUAUUGCAUCACAGGCAUUCAGUACCAUCGGGUACUUAUUUUUUCUUAGUUACUGCAAAAGAAAAUCAGUGAAGCAGUGAACAUUGCAGUAAGCAGUGUGAGUAAGAAAUCUACGCGGUGCAGUUCUGCUUUCCUCUUUCUUGUGUGCAACAUUUACUCAACAGUCAAUGUAUGGCGAAGAUUACUCCCGCAAUAAGCAAUUAACUCCUUUCUUUCGCAAAUGCA